AAAAACAGAAGCCGCCUCCACGAAUUUCUAAUCGAUUAUCGAUAAGAAUAAACAGCUGUUCACUCAAAUUAAAAUCGCAUUGCCGCUUUAUAAAAACACGCUGAGAAAAUGAUGCAACAAAGCAAACGCAUUUUGACGCCAGUCAUAAACGGACUUCGCAAUUUGACGGCACGAGGUGCCGCCAGUACGUCGGCCGCUGCGCCCGCCAAAAUUGAAAAAACUGUCAACAAUGUAACUAUAUUGGGACGGGUGGGUGCCGAUCCGCAGCUGCGCGGCUCACAGGAGCAUCCAGUGGUCACAUUUUCCGUAGCCACACACACCAACUACAAAUAUGAAAACGGUGACUGGGCUCAGCGCACCGACUGGCACCGUGUGGUCGUCUUUAAGCCCAAUUUGCGCGAUACAGUAUUGGAGUAUUUGAAGAAGGGCCAGCGCACCAUGAUUCAAGGCAAGAUUACGUAUGGAGAGAUCACCGAUCAGCAGGGCAACCAGAAGACCAGCACCAGCAUCAUAGCCGACGAUGUGGUCUUUUUCCGCGACUCCAACUAACAUAGAAUGUAACCAAAGUAUAACUCCUAAUCCUAUAGUCCUAAGAACAAAGUUGAACUUGUUUUGCAUUUAUUUACAUACCCAUAAUGUAAACGAUUGUUUUGUAAAUUCAUACAGAAAUAAUGCUAUAAUAAGGCCUAGUUCUGGUAUAUAUCAUUAAUUACAUUGGCCAUUUCACAUGUGCACUUGGUUGUCAGGCUGCU